GGACAAGCAGACCCGCAAACGCUUGAGGUUAUUCUUAGCUGCCGCCUUACUGAUUGUCUUGUCGCACCUAACCACUCCCGACUAACUGCUUUGCUCUCUACACGACUCGUCCCACACGUCCUUUUAUUGCCAAGCCGCGUUUGUCUCCCGCCCAUCGUAAAGGCAACCCCCCAAAGGCCCGUCUCGCCAGCAUGCAUAUCCUCGUCCUCGUCCUCGUCCUCGUCGUCAUCACGACGCUUGUCGCCGCUCUUGCUGUCCAUAUGCACGAGCGUUGCCUGUCUUGGCUCCAAUCUCCGCCGCUCAUCGCCUCCACCAUUAAUACGGUAUGGCUGCUAA